GAGGCUGCUGAGGUCUUUGAGUAGAGUUUGAAUUUGAUGUGCAUAGAAUAGGGAUGCGGGAUGUGAGUGUUGGGACACUGAGAUGUAUCUGAUGGCUGAUCACACAAGGUUCUGGCUGCAUCUGAACUCUGCACUAAAUCCGAUAAUGUACUAAGCACAGCCUCACAAGUGGAAGCUCCGGGGUCUUCUUUAAAAACAAGUCUGCCACAUUGUAAAAAGUUACUGCAACCGCCACUCUCCACCCCCUCUGGGAUCCCCUGCCGGAGGAAGUGACAACUUCCACAGUCCACACAGAGCCCUCACUUCCAUCCUGAUUGUGGUUUGUCGUUCUGCAGGGACUUGAUUUCCUCUAAAAUUCAUGGAUACAUUUCUGACGGAACCCAGACACAGGUAGUAAGGGUUGUUAGUGGAUGGACCCUCUCACUUAACCCCACAUCUAAGGAAGAAUGGCGUUUGAUUCCUCAUCUCUUAUCCUGCCUGAUAUACAACAGCACUUCAAUAUCCAGAUUGCAGACACUACUCCGAGUGGCCCUUUGAAGGACUUCUGCAACUUGGAGAGUGAGAGGCAUUAUGACAUUAUUCCCACUGUGAUUUGCUCGCUGUGUUGUCUCUUUGGACUUGUGUAUACCUUUUUUGGCUACAGAUGUUUCAAGGCCAUCAUGUUUCUGUCGGGCCUGCUGGCAGGUUCUGCAGUCAUCUUCCUGCUAUGUUACAAGGAGAGGAUUCUGGACACACACCUGAGCUUGGAGCUGAGUGCAGGCAUUGCUCUAGGCAUUGGUCUGCUGUGCGGACUGGUAACCAUGCUAGUGCACAGCGUGGGCCUGUUUAUGACAGGCCUGUUGCUUGGACUUCUUUUGGCCAUCGCCUGCCUGGUGGGUCUUGAACAGUUUUACCACCCUCCCACUGCAUGGAUUCCAGUAGGUUUGAUGAUGGGCUCCGCCAUGCUUUGUGCUGUAUUGACACUGCAAUGGCAGAAGCUUUUCACUGUGCUUUCCACUGCAAUAUUUGGGGCUGCUAUCCUGACUGUGAGCGUGGAUUAUUUUGUUGAACUGAUGCUGCUGGUACAGUAUGUGUAUGAUCGGCUCCGUUUGGAUGCCUCUUUUCCACUCUGCUGGUUCAGCUGGGUAGUCCUGGCAAUGUGGCCAUUACUAAGCAUCCUGGGAAUUGUAAUUCAGUGGAAGUUGACGGCUGAAGGGUUCUCUCAUACCAAUGUGAUAAUAAGCAGACGCCAGAAACGCCUCCAGCUUUUGAGAAUUAGACAGAAAGAAGCCAAGAAACGUCAUCAUGUUGCCCCUCAAGAGGGUACUUAUCGACGGAAGGCCAAUCCCAUGAAGAGGUACACUGGGGAUAUUCUUGCACCGAGUUACCUCCAGAGCCUAAGAGACAGACAAACAGGCACUGGGACAUCUACGAGUAGCUUAAGCACAAACAUACAAACAGUUGUGGACAUGGACUACGAAUGUGGUUCCACCGUGCCGCUUACAGCAACUACCCCAGUGAUACGUGUCUGAUAGGAAGUGGCCUUCCCAGGAGGUCCCACAUGACAUAGAAAAUCAUGUCGGCAUCGGAAUAGGAUCCUUUCUGUGCCUUAUAAGGUGGUCUUUUCCUCUUCUGCUUCUAUUACUUGUGCUGGAGUUUUGCACAGUGAAGACUAUUUGAGCGAUAGAAGAAAUCUCAAGUAUGGAUCCAUUGCAGACAGCAGUCCUCUUUUUGCAGCCUUAAGUGUUUAAAUUCUGUCGUAUGAUCAUGUGCAGAUGGAAGCAGGGCAAGGUUGUGGGAUCCUACACCUCUGAAUACACUCACACAAUUCAACCUUAAAUUAUUUCUUCAGGUGCAGAUUAUAACAAAAAAAGUCUCAGCUAGCGUAUGUUUCAGUGCAUUUCAAGAUAAAUAGAUGGGCAUUAGAACGGUAAAAAAAGGAAUCAUUUUCCACCUCAGUUUUAAUUUCCUGUUCCAGACCAACAGAAAUCUAGUUGUGAUGUGUUCUUAGGUAGCCAGGAAUUGUUGCUGAUUAUGACCAUAUGUUACGGUUUUGUGAUACCUAUAGGAGUUUACGACACAUAAAACGCUCUCAAGGAUUAUAUGUUCAUUUCUGGUGGUGCUAAAACUUGUCUGAUAUGAAGUUCUUCCUGUGGAAUUGUGAGCGCGGAGAAGCUCAGGAACCCCUACGGCAGUUAACGAAGACAAACAGCAAUAAGAUACAAAAGAAAUCAGGAUACUAGUGAAAAGGAUUUAUCUUUAGCUUGCUGUCUGAUGUUUGUGGUUCACAUGCUUAUACACAUAUUCCUCAUGCCUUCAUCUGACUAAUUCUAAACUAAUAAUAAAAUAAAUAAGAUGUUUAAGGAUAAAUGAAGAAUUAAGAAAAUAUAUACCAUACAAAAGAAUGUCAGAGUUGUAGUAAUUAAAAAAAAUAAAAAAAAAUAAAAAAUUGUAAAGAGAAAAAAAAAGCAUUUUAUAUUCUAUUAAAGGGACAUUCCACUGCAAUAAUUACAUGCUCUGAUUAAUUAACUCUGCAAAGGGGAUAAACACAUAGUUAAAGUCCCUUUCAGAGCUGCUGCUGCUGCCAAGUUCAUCUCAGAUGGGGAAUGGCAGGGUUGAGCAACUACCACUGCUGAUUACCUCUGGGCCUGCAGAUCUCUGUGCCUCACAAGUGGAACUUUUACUAUGUGUUUAAUUUGCAGGGGUUAAACACAUAGAUUUGGAGCAUCAAUAGUGUAAAAACUGCACACCCUAACAAAUUAGAGUAUGCAAUUUGUGCAGUAAAAUGUCCCUUUAAGAAGUGAUUUUUUUCAACAAUAAAUUAAAUAAAAAGUUAUUGCUGUGAAAUGGAAGACAAUUUUAUUUUAUAGUCAUGAACCUGCCACUAAGUAUUCCCAUAUAAAACAAAGAAAAGCUCUAUAAGUGCCCAUAUAAAGGAAGAUAUUUUUAUGUAGAAAUGUUUAUAUUCUUAUAA